AUGCAAACUGGAUCUGAAACCACACCUAUUCCAAGGUCAUCAGAGGAGUACCCUAUACCCUGUGGUCUGGACAAAGGCACAUUAGUAUGGGUCAGGAACAUCAAGCAUGGAAAGAGCAAAUCAAAGCUCAGUCAACAUGGACAAAAGUGCUUUUGGGUAGGAGUGCCUGACCUAUCUGAGGCAGCUCACAGAUGCAUUGACACUGAAGACUACUCAAAGGUUUAUACCUUGAGGGAUGUCAAGUUCGAUGCUGAGACCCUCUCUGAUGCAAUCAUUAACACCAACCUUGAUUACAUUAGCCAAGCCAGGGACCCCACUGACCUGAAGAUCAAAUUAGCAAUGGUUGCACAUUACCUUCAGGAGGGCAGUAGCAAUGUUAGAGAACUUGAGUCAUCGCUCACCAACAAGCCCUGCAUGAGUCCCAAGGAGCAAGUAACAGCUGCAUGUGAUAACAUCAGGUCUGAUCUCAACAUGCAAAAUGCCACCAUUGAGUUUGUCACCACAGUUGGCCAGGACUCACUCACUAUGCAUAAUGACCCACAAACACUCAUGCAAGCACAGAAAUGCACAGAGUGGUCAAGCUGGGAGAAGGCAAUCAAGGACAAGCUUGACUCACUUGAUGAUGCCAGAACAUGGAUUGUCACCAAUCUACCAGAAAAUUGGAAGGCAAUCAUGGCCAAGUGGGUUUUCAAGACCAAGCAUGAUGCUGAUGGAAACCCAGUAAAGUAUAAGGCUCAUCUGGUAGCCCACAGGUUUAACCAAAUGCAUGGUAUUGAUUACCAUGACAUGUACUCAGCAGUGGUGAGCAUGACCUGCCUCCAUCUUGUCAUUUGUUACAGCCUCAAGAACAAGCUUCAGAUCUGGCAAAUAGAUUUUGUCACCAUGUACCUUAACAGUGAGCUCCCAGACAUUGACAUAUACAUGACGCUCCCACCAGGUUUCGAGGAAAGGUACAGACGGUUGUCAUGGGCCUGGAUGCGCAGGAAGCAGAAAGACCCAUAA